AUGGCAACAGCUUCUAGUGUCGCUCAUCCCAAGAUGGCGGACCAGGAGGCAGCCGCGGCGCUCCCAGUUUCUACUGAAGCCAAGAAACGACGGGCCCCUAAAGCUCCAGAGCUUCCCAUUGUGGAGAGGAAGAACUGGCUCAUCCACCAGCACUACAUCCACAAAGACUUUGACACAUGCAAGGUGAUCGUCAAAGAGCAACUGCAGGAGACAAAUGGAACAUGUGAAUAUGCCAUAUAUGUUCAAGCACUAAUCUUACGUCUUGAGGGCAAGAUCCAACAGUCCCUGGAGCUGUUUCAGAGCUGUGCCAUCCUUAAUCCCAGCAGUGCUGACAAUCUGAAGCAAGUGGCCAGAUCCUUAUUUCUCCUGGGAAAGCACAAAGCAGCCAUUGAAUUCUAUCAUGAAGCUGCACGGCUCAACGAGAAAGACUGGGAGAUCAGUCAUAAUCUGGGCGUGUGCUGUUUCUUCAUCAAAGACUUCAAAAAUGCUGAGGAGCACCUGAACAUGGCUCUUCAGAUAAAUAAACACGACAAGACUUUCAUGAUGCUUGGACAGGUCCACCUGCUGGCUGGAGAAAGUGACAAGGCCAUCGAGGUGUACAAGAGAGCAGUGGAGCACUUCCCAGAGAACACUGAACUCCUGACUACUCUCGGCCUGCUGUUUUUACAGCUCGGGAAAUACCAAAGAGCUUUUGAGCACCUUGGAAACGCCCUCACAUUUGACCCCAACAAUUAUAAGGCCAUCCUGGCUGCAGGCAGCAUGAUGCAGACCCACGGGGACUUUGAUGUGGCCAUGAACAAGUACCGAGUGGCAGCCUGUGCCGUGCCAGAGAGCCCCCCCCUCUGGAACAACAUCGGCAUGUGCUUCUUCGGGAAGAAGAAAUAUGUUGCUGCCAUCAGCUGCCUGAAGCGAGCCCACUACUUGUCUCCUUUUGACUGGAAGGUGUUGUACAACCUGGGCCUGGUGCACCUGACCAUGCAGCAGUACGCCUCGGCCUUCCACUUCCUCAGCGCAGCCAUCAACCUGAACCCACGGAUGGGAGAACUCUACAUGUUGCUGGCAGUGGCUCUGACUAACUUGGACGAUGUGGACAAUGCCACCAGAGCGUAUGAACAAGCUGUGACUCUGGAUGUAUCCAGCCCUCUGGUGAACCUGAACUUUGCGAUCUUUCUCUACAAUCACGUGGACAAGAAAGGAGCCCUGGAUCAGUACCAGGAGAUGGAGAGGAAAGUCAACCUGCUUCGAGACACCAGCAGCAACUUUGAGUUUGAUCUGGAGCUGAUGGACAUGGCUCAGAAGAUGGGAGCCGCCCUGCAGGUGACAGAGAGUCUGGUCUGGACCAAACCAGGAAAAGACUCCAAAUCCAAACCCAACUCGGCAGCAGCCACCAAACCCCCCGGCACUGCCCUCGGGACCAACCAGGCCCUGGGUCAGGCCAUGUCGUCUGCUGCCAGCUACAACAAGAACCUCCAGCUGCAAGCGGGCCCGUCCAUGCCCCUGGAGCCAGAACCCGACUUGGACAGAGCCCCGAGCCCCCCCACUGACCCGCCGGGGUCUCCACUGCCUGCGGAGUCCGACAACCCCAAACCCAAAAGUUCCAAGAGGAAAACCAAGGUGGAGGAAUGAAGUCACUCGGUGGAUUCAAUGUUAUUUGACGUUCAUAUCAAUUGACCGAUAUCAUGUUAUGGAGCAAAUUCUUAAACAGCAGCCGAGCUUUUUGUGGUUUUCCAGCUCAUUGUGAAGACAUGAAGAGUAACAGUCUUUUUACAGUCAACAUGCACUCCUGUCGUCCUGUGUAUUUCAGGAAUAUUGAAUGUAACACAGAUACAUUGCUUUUCACUUUUUAUACCAAAAAUCCUGAGAUAACCGAGUCUUUUCUUGUAAAUCUGUAGAUGUGGCAGCUUUGGUGCAGAACCAGUUCAAAUAGAUGUUGCGGUUAAUGAAUGUCUGUGUUUGACAAAACGCUAAAAUGUACAUAUGUGAAGUUGUAUUUGUUAAAACCUGGACGAGUUUAGCAAUAAGGGUAAAUGAAGCUUUUUGUGAGGAGGGAAUCGCUGAUGUGAAGAAAACGCUGCGACAAUCACUGCUGCAACCUGAAGGCAGAAGAGACGUGUGUGUGAAUAGAAACAGGAUCUGGCUUGUUUGUACGAUAGAGUUCUUUAUGAGAAUGAGUGUAAAUAGAGACACAGGCUUUUCUAUGUAGAUAAAUGUUAUGUUUAUAGAGUUAUGUAUUUAAUA